AUGGUGAGAAUAGCUCACUGGGUGUCGGCAGCGACACUCGCUCUGAGCGUCUCAGCCGCCGAUGAGCCAUCUUCUGUGCUGACAACAGAAAUUGGCCGCCAAAAUAACCAGAGUCUCUUUUGGGGCCCCUACAAGUCCAAUUUGUACUUUGGUGUACGACCACGAACGCCGGAUGCUCUUUGGACAGGACUCAUGUGGGGUAAAGUCGACAACUACCAUGAUAUUCAGAAAGGCUUCAGAUAUACAUGCGAGCAGGGUGAUGAUAUCCAUGGCUACGGAUGGGAUGAAUAUGACCCCCGCAUUGGCGGUGUGCAAUCAAUUCACGACAAGGCGAACAACAUCGACUUGACAACAACUUUCGUAAAGAUUCCAGGUGGUAACAACGGAGGCAGCUGGGCCGCCCGAAUCAAGGGCGAGCUUCGGGAUGGAGCGCCUGAUAAUACCAGGACCAUGCUGUUCUACUACAUCGCGCAGGACGGUCAGGGUGAGCUCGCAGUCGAGGGUGAGGGUACUAAGUAUGGGUUCGAAGACGAUGUCACUUUCAAGGGCAGCUCAAAGGAACUGGGAGAUUACAGUCUCCUCAUUACAAAAGGUACUGGAGACCACCCUAAGGAGGGUCACAAGUCCCUCCCAGAUCGACGUGGAGACACUACAAUUGUCGCAAGCACCAAUGAAGUUCCUCUAGAGCAUUCCUGGCAGGGCAAGCCCGUCGUGUUUAAGCACCUCCAGGACGCUAUCUUGCCAGUUCAGCAGAAUGCCGAUCAGGACGACCCUCCCCCACCUUGGCAGGUAUACCGCAUCGCCCACGAGCCUGGAAAUGGCAACGUUCAGAUUGUGGAGAAGACUUUCGAGGGGCCGUUCGAGUUUGAUGUUAUCUUCUCGUCGGGCUCUGGCGGAAAAGAGUUUACAUCUGAGGACGUUACUGAACAAAUUCAGAGGACUUCUGAAAUCUUCAACGAGCGCUUUGCAAGCACAUUCAAACUGCAGAAGCCUUUUACUGACGACAAGUACAAGAAGUUCGGCAAGAGCAUGUUCUCCAAUCUUGUCGGCGGUAUUGGCUACUUCCAUGGCCAUCAGCUCAUUGAUCGGUCAUAUGCCCCUGAAUACGAGGAGGAGGACGAAGGCUUUUGGGAGGAGGUCGCAAAGGCCAAAGCUCGUACAAAGCCAGAGCUCGAGGGCCCCUAUGAACUUUUCACCAGUGUUCCCUCUCGGCCCUUCUUCCCUCGCGGUUUCCUGUGGGAUGAGGGCUUUCACCUGAUUCCGAUCGCUGAUUGGGAUAUUGACCUUACACUUGAUAUUGUCAAGAGCUGGUACAAUACUAUGGACGAAGAUGGCUGGAUUGCUAGAGAGCAAAUCUUGGGCCACGAAGCCCGUAGCAAAGUGCCUCCUGAGUUCCAAGUCCAAUUCCCCCAUUACGCGAACCCCCCAACUCUCUUCCUCAUCAUUGAGGGCUUUAUGGAGCGCCUCCGCGCCGCCAAUGGUACUGGGGCUGAGAAAAAGGAGCGCAUCUUGGGGGCGGACCUUUUGCAAACCGCCCACCUUGACAACAUUGAGCUUGGCGAAAGCUAUUUGCGGAAGUUGUAUCCUCUUCUGAAACGUCAAUAUGACUGGUUCCGCAGGACACAGCGUGGUGACAUCAAGAGCUACGAUCGUGUGGCGUUCUCUACCAAGGAGGCAUACAGGUGGAGGGGUCGUACUGAAGAGCAUAUCCUCACCAGUGGCCUGGAUGACUAUCCCCGACCUCAGCCCCCCUCUCCGGCCGAGCUGCAUGUCGAUCUUAUGUCGUGGGUUGGUCUAAUGACAAAGUCUCUCAUGAAUAUCGCCGACGCCCUCGGCAUGGCCGAGGAUGUCGAUGAGUAUAGGACGAACCUAGACGGCAUUGAGCACAACCUCAAUGAUCUUCACUGGUCCGAGGAGCAUGGCUGCUACUGCGAUGCAACACUUGACGACUUUGAGGAACACGCGCUCGUAUGCCACAAGGGUUAUAUCUCCCUAACGCCUUUCCUCGUUGGCCUCAUGAAGGCUGACGACCCCAAGCUGGGCAAAAUCCUGGACCUCAUCGGCGACGAGGAGCACCUCUGGAGCCCGCACGGCAUUCGCAGUCUGAGCAAGCAGGAUAAAUUUUACAACACCGGCGAGAACUACUGGCGCAGCCCUGUCUGGAUGCCCAUGAACUACCUAGCCGUGUCUCAGCUCCGCAACCUCGCUUCGCAGGAAGGCCCGUACAGGACAAAGGCAAAGGAUCUAUUUUCGCGACUUCGCAAGAACCUUGUCGAUACGGUAUACAAGAGCUGGGAAGAAACAGGCUUCGCCUGGGAGCAGUACCACCCGGACACAGGCGCCGGACAGCGAACGCAGCAUUUCACUGGAUGGACCAGUCUUGUUGUCAAGAUCAUGGCCAUGGAUGAUCCUAUCGAGGAACCCCCUGUGGCUGUCGUUGUGGAAGACACCGCCAAGGAACCUACUAAGGCUGCCGUUGCGGAUGACACCACUGAGGAGCCUGCCAAGGAUGGUGUUACGGACGAAGCCAGUAAGGAGGUCCCUGUGAAGAACGAGCUCUAA